GACUGCAUGCACUGCCGCGCCUCAUUCGGGGACUGGACGGGACGAAGCGGCAAGCGUAAGGCAACUACAGUGGCUAUGCGCCGAAAUCAACGAAGCGCCUUGGCUGAGCAUGGGCAGUCACCAGUGGUUUUAAUCGUUCGCGCGAUGAGCUUAUGAAGGGUCGACUUCCAUACCUGGGUUCAAGUUACCGAAGCAGCCACAACACCAAUGAAUUUAACCAAGUGUAUCAUCGAAGCGAACCCGGACGUAAGCGGCGUUGGGAUCCGCAUAUCCGCCUACUCCUUAUGUCUCGGCGGCCGCAUCGUCGGCUUCCUCGUCAAGAUGGUCUCGCCGACCCCCAACGCAAACAGCUUCAACCGGAGCCUGCGAACGGCCAUGAGCAUCCAGGGCCUCGCGCUGCUGUCGACGGCACUCUACCAGACAGCCCACGACCGACUCACGCUCUUCCACGCCGUCGUCGUGCUGCACCUGCUCGCCCUGCUCGGCAUCACGCUGACCACAGGCGCGGCGGUGCCAGGACACAGUAAUGAGACUGCCCACCGCAUCAUCAACGAGGUCGUGUACCUCGUCACCGUCGCGGCCUUUGUCGCCUUCAACGUCCUAGUCUGGAGCCGCGCGCCCACGUUCGGGAGCCAGCCCGAGUGUAACUCGACUGUUGUCUACGUGCUGUUUGGCGUGAGCAUCCCGGCGACCAACGAUGUAUUCCGCUACAUCAUCCUCGCUACGUUUGCGUCUGUUCCGGGCGUCUUUGUUAUUUCCCUCUUCCUCUCCGCGACGUGUUGGAUGGGAAUGUGGUGUUGCUUGCGUCACGGGGCCUGGAGAUUGCGAGAUUCGAGCUCCAGCCGAGAGAGGCCGUCGUUCGAUACAUGUAGCAACGACGAGUCGACCGCCACGUGGAUUCGGGAUUCCAUCAAUAUUGUCGCCUACGCGGGUAUGGCCAUCUACGCCAUCGUUUCGCUCGAGCAGAUGGUCGCCCGGAACCGUGUAAGCGACGAGGAGAGGGACUGGACUUUUGGGCAGGUCUUGAGUCUGUUCCUGCUGUUUGGGGUUGGAAACGAGGUCUUGAACGUUGUGAUUUCUAGCAUUAGUGGCAAGCCUGCUGGGGAUGAAGGGGGCCAGAGGACAGCGGCAACAUUGAGAUGCGGCGCAUAAAGUCGUCGGAUUGGGUGCUUGAGAGCUAAUAAGGAGCUGAGCCAUUUCAUGCCAGGGAUCCUCACUCAGAUAUUACAGUGCAGGUAACAGCAAGCUGGGCUUGAAGCUGUAAAUUUGCCUCCUUUAUUAAUUAUAUUAUUAUUCCUAC